CACCUUGAAACCCAACCACGCCGAGAGAGCUCUCGCCGCCGCCGCCGCCGAUCGUCACCAAAGGAGUAGAGUAGAGUGAGGAAUCUAAGCAAUGGCGGACAACGCUGAGUUGAAAUCGACGGUUCUCCUCGCCGAUUCGGCAGUCGAUGACCUGGAGCUGCCGCCGGAGGACUUGCGAGAAGUACUUGAAGAGAUGUGUACCGAGGAAGCUCUGAGCAGGAAUACAAUCAAGAUGGUGGAGGGUUUGUUGAGGGAUGGCUUCAUGGAUGUGGGAUUGGAGAUUGGGACUAAGGUUCAGGAGACCAAUGUGGUUCCCAGGGUGGUCACUGACACUGCCGUCAUGGAGCACUACAUCAGUGCUGCUGGAGACAGGACCAAGGAUGCUCUCAGAGUGUUCAAGCACAUGUCGGUUUUUGGGGUGGAACCAAAUGCCUACACGUAUGCCAUCAUCAUCAAGGCUCUUGCUGCUGCAGACCUUAAGAAGAACCCCGAUUUUGUUGGUUAUGCGAAGAAGUACUUUGUGGAGAUGUUGGAGAGGGGAAUGCAGCCGAAUGAGGAGACUUAUGAGGCUGUGUUGGAUGGCAUUGGCCGCGGUGAGAACAAGGCCGAGGCUGAGGAGGAGCGCAGGGAGUUUGUGGAGGAUGUGAAAGCAAAGGGGUUUCUGCUGGUGCUCCAGAAGGAGGCGGAGGAGAUGGCUAAUCCUCCACCAUUAAAGUCUGAGAUGGAUAUGCUUAAGGAACAUGUGAUGAAGGUGUUUGAGGAUGUCAUCAGAGACUUUGAGGACAAGAACGAGCAAAAGAGAUUAAGACAGAUGGCGGAGGAUUAUGACUCACUGAGCUCAGUUGCACAUACUUUUUAUAAAGGUUUGUCAAGUAAAGGGCUCACUGAGGAAGCCAAAGAGCUCUUUAAGCCUUUGUUGGAGACAGCCAUACUUCCUGAUGAGGCUGUCUUUACCAUCGUCAUCCUUCUUAGCAAGAGCACGGGUGAUGGUCUGAAAGUAUAUGAGCAUAUGCUAGCUUAUGGGAUCACCCCCAGCUCCUGCACUUACAGUGUACUCAUUGCGAAACUUUCUCUUGAUCGCAAUUUCAUUGGGCAUGCCAAGAAGUUUUACCUGGAAAUGUUGGACAAGGGUAUAAAGCCCUGUUUGAGGACCAGCUUGGGUUUGUUCAAUGGCAUUGCUUGCUUUGAGUCAGUGGAGAAUGCCGAGGAGUUUCGUGAGCGUGUAAAGCCUAAUGGGGACUUGCCCGAUCCUGGUGAAGGCCGUGAAGGCCUUUUCACUGAGCUAAUGAAGGCAUAUCAGUUGUAUGGUGAUCUCCAAAAGAAAACCACCGACAAAGAUAUUCAAGAAGUUAUCCGCAAGAUAUCAGAUGAAGGUUUCGAGAAACAUGCAGCGAAAAUGUUCUGUGCUAUGGUUGAAGAUGGCAAUGUCGGUGAGGCAAUGGAUCUCUUUCAAUCGACACCUGAGACUCGCAUCAAUCCCAUGGUCAUAGUCCACACCAAUGUCAUUGAAGCGUACAUCAAAUGUAACAAGAACAAGGAUGCUCUCCAGACCUACCUGGACAUGUUAGCUGCUGGACUUGCACCUAACUCCUACAUUUACAGUGUUUUGAUCAAGGGACUCGCUGUUGAUGCCAACUUCUUUGGAGAUGCCAAGAAGUAUUUGAUUGAGAUGCUGGACAAGGGCAUGCAUCCAAAUGCUGCUACCUACACUGCAGUGUUAGAAGGUUUUGCUCAGCAGGAGGACAAGAAAGCUGAUGAAGAGGGAAAAGAGUUUCUGGAGGUCAUGAUGGCUAAGGGGUUUGUCCCUGAUACCGAGGCUGUGAGGGAGGUGUUGAAGGGCAGACCGGCACCUGUAUUUGACAGGGUCAUGAGCAUUAUCCUUUCCAAGUUGGAGUAG